AAGACGCACGUCAUAAAUCGUUUUAAUUCUACAUAUAAAGAUAAUUUAUACAAAGGCUCUAUUAAUAAUUAUUAAAAAACUUUAUUAAAUAACAUGAAAGAGCACCUCAACAAUGUAUAAAUUUUGUACCUACACAUUUCUCACUGUCCUUACUGUCGACAUUUUGGCAAUAUGUGGCGAUAUUACUAUGACAUGGACUUCUCCAAUCCUCCCCAAACUCUACUCAAACGACUCAAACAUAAACCCGUUAGAUCGCCCCAUAACCCCCGAUGAAGAAUCCUGGAUUGGCUCACUAAUCAACAUUGGUGCUGUCAUCGGACCUUUCCCUUUUAGUUUCCUCUCGGAAAAACUGGGUCGAAAAAUAUCGCUUUUGUGUAUAUCAGUCCCUUACAUAAUUUCCAACGGGAUUCUAGCCCUAGUACCGCACAUCUACUGGUACUAUUUCGCCCGGUUUUUGGCAGGAAUAGCCCUCGGUGGCGCCAACACAGUCCUCUCUGUGUACAUUUCGGAAAUUGCAGAAGACUCAAACAGGGGCAUGUUAUCAGUGACACUAAACGUAUUCUGGACUUUUGGAAACUUGAUUCCGUAUGUUUUGGGUCCCUACAUGUCGAUUCUAGCGUUUAAUCUCACGCUAGCGUGCGUACCGUUGCUUUUCUUUGUCCUGUUUGCAACAGUAGCGCCAGAAACGCCGUACUACUUGAUUAACAAGAAUAUGAUUAACAAAGCUGAAGAAAGUUUGAUGAAAUUGAGAGGAAGGAGCCGAAGUAUGGUCAGUAAAGAAAUUAUCCACAUCCAGUCUUCAAUGAAUCAGGAGAAGAAAGGGAGUUUUGGGGAUUUAUUCAAGACUAAAGCCAAUCGGAAAGCUCUAGCAAUUUCAGUGACUUUGAUGACUUUCCAGCAAUUAUCUGGGAUUAGUGCGAUUUUGUUUUACACUCAACUCAUUUUUGAAACCACAGGGUCCAACAUUUCGGCCGAAAUUUCCGCGUUAAUUAUCGGACUAGUCUUAUUUUCCACCAGUUUUAUUAUCCCAUUUGUCGCAGAUCGGUUAGGUCGCAAGCUAUUUCUCAUGAUUUCAGCUUUUGGGAUGAUGGUAGCAUUGGCAAUUCUCGGCACUUUUUUUUACAUGAAAGACACCGUUCACUACGACGUCACUUCUUUCUCCUGGCUACCGAUUUUAAGUCUGGUCUUAUACAUCGUGUCCAUUAAUUUGGGAUUUAUUCCUUUGCCUUGGACAGUCAGUUCUGAGCUAUUUUCACCAAACGUUAAGUCCUUUGGGAUAUCGCUAGUGUCUUUCACUUGUAGGUUCAGUAGUUUCAUUGUUACGAAGUUUUUCAACGACCUGAACAAUGUUUUCGGUAAAGAAGGAACAUUUUGGUUGUUUUCAGGUUUCUGUCUGUUGGCAGGUUUAUUCACACUUUUCUUUGUACCAGAAACCAGAGGUAAAAGUUUCCAAGAAAUACAAAUAAUCCUCGAAAAAUAAUUGUAACACGUUGGAAAUAAAGUAGUUCCCGUUUAAAUUUUCCAAGAAAAAAAAUGUAUAUUAUGGCAUUUCGAUCACGAGUGAUAUACGACGUUUUAUCUUACAGAUGCAUUGUAAAAAAAAUCCAAAAAGUUCAAGUAAAUAUCCGCCUGUAACAUUAGCAUAA